AUGGCUACAGCAGCAACAGAAACAUCAACUUCAAAUGCAAAGCCCUACAGAGUCAUGAUCAAAGAAGCUAUUGCCAAUUUGAAAGAUAGAAAUGGAUCAUCUCGCCAAGCGCUCAAGCAGUACGUUAAAAGUAACAAUGACAUCAAAGCAAAUAAUUUCGAUUCAUUGUUUAACACCGCUUUGAAGAAAGGUGUUGAUCUUGGUGAAUUCCUUCAACCAAAGGGACCCUCAGGGCCAGUCAAAUUGAACAAAAAAGCAGCAGCAAUUAAAGAAACUAAAGCCAAGAAACCAGCCAAGAAGUCUGCUACUGCUACUGGUGCUGCUCCAAAUAAGGUUACUAAGAAGUCACCCACCAAGACUAAAACUUCCACCGCCAAAAAGACUGCUGCUGCAAAGGCUGCUAAUGAGAAAAUUACCACUAAAAAGGAUGCCACUGCCAAGUCAACUACUGCUAAAAAGGAAAAAGCUGCUCCAAAGAAGACCAAGGUCGCAAAGAAGUGA